GAGCCAUCUGGAAGGAUAGAGGAAGAGCCAUUUAUGGGAAAUGAACAAGCUUACCCAUCUGAAAGUUUAGAAGUGCCAUCUGUGCAUAGGGAUUUAGAGCAUGAUUUCAAUUUAUUGAAUGAGGAGCCUAAUUUAUGUGAGGAAGUUAACCGUGAACUCGAUGGGUGGUCAAACAGAACCAGAGUGGUUGCAAGGUACUUGCAUAGACAAUUCACAAAUUGUAAAAAUCAAGGAAAGGAAGAAGUGAACUUGUUGCAAGUUUCAGAAGGAAAAACGAAGAAAGAAAGUGCAAGGUUGUUCUAUGAGACACUGGUGUUGAAAACUAAUGGGUAUGUGGAUGUGAAACAAGAUGAAUCCUUUGGUGACAUUUUGCUCCGGAAACUGGACAAAUGGGAUCGAACAUGGGGAGACGGCUUCUAACCUAUGGAUUCUUCUGCAUAGCUAGACAGGAAUCCCCUGUAUACUUU